UCACACACCUCAAUCUGAUGACGAAAGCAUCUAGACACAUUUCGUAUAAAACACCCGUAUUCACUUCGGUAAGUAGCAUACUAAUUCCACUCCGGCAAGGCAGACCAUACCUUCAUUUUGGACAUUGCUGUAAACGCUACAAUGAUUUUGCCUAGAGUUCUAGUCUUAUUUCUGAUCGUGUGUUUAUGCCGAGCAGACGACAUUUGCCAAGGAAAUACGGGAAUCCAAUGGUUAGCGGAUCCUAACGACUGUUCCGUAUUUUAUUUAUGCUUUAACUCAGCUUCCUUCAAAUACAUGUGUCCCAUCAACUCCGUCCGAGAUUUCAUCACGAAAGCCUGUGUUCCCAAGGGUUCCAAAUACGACACAUGUACUACGAAAGAGGAAAGUAUUUGUUUACCUGAUGAUAGACUGAAAGCCCACCCGACCGGAAACUGCGCGAAAUAUGUCGAUUGUGAAAUGCUACUGACCAGAGCUGCCGACGUAAGAUCCGCCACGAAAGAAUGUGACUACCCGAUGUUGUUUGACGAGGCCACGGGAGGCUGCCAGGUACCAGAACUUGCGGAAUGUGGAACUCGCUCCGUUCCUAAGAACCCGUGUGAAUACGAAGCUAACCAGUGUAAGCAAGGCCACUGCAUUCCAUGUUACAUCCGGUUCCCCAGCUGUGACGGACUUCCGGACGGCCUGAAUGCCUGGAAAGGGCGGGAAGAUUCACCCUACUAUGUCCUCUGUAAGAGUGAACGUGUAGUGUACCAUGGACAAUGUUCUAACAAGGCCAUGACUCAGCUAUUCGACCCCAAGGAGCGAGUGUGUGUGAAGCAGUCGCAGUAAUACUUUAUAAACUCGAGCAGAGGAAAAACACGUGUCCUCCAUCUUUAUGUUCUCUAUCAUGUUCUUUUGUCAUUUUGAUUGAACACAUCAACCAUAUUUAUGUUGUCAAUGUUGUUUAAAAUCAAUUUAUAAAUUAUAACAAAAAAACUGAUAUGGUAGUG